GCGCCCCUGGCGGCCGUUGAAAAAUGGCGGCUGUCGCCGAGCUGAAGGCAGUUUUAAAAGACACCUUGGAAAAAAGAGGAGUAUUAGGGCAUUUAAAAGCACGGAUUCGAGCUGAAGUUUUCAAUGCCCUUGAUGAUGAAAGUGAACCCCGACCGUCAUUGUCUCAUGAAAACCUUCUAAUUAAUGAAUUAAUUCGGGAAUAUUUGGAAUUCAACAAAUAUAAGUAUACAGCAUCUGUCCUUAUAGCAGAAUCUGGUCAACCCGUAGCUCCUUUGGACAGACAGUUUCUCAUCCGUGAACUAAAUGCAUUUGAAGAAUCAAAGGAUAAUACAAUACCUGUUUUAUAUGGGAUUUUAGCUCAUUUCUUGAACGGAACUAAGGAUGACAUCCACAGUACAUUUCUGAAACGGUCUUCACUUCAGCCUCCAAACCCAAGUCUUGGCAGACAACCUAGUGGAAGAAAGCAAAUGGAGGACCGCAUGCAGAAGGAGCAGGGGAGGAGCGCCCACACUGAACACCUGCAUGCUUCUCCCGCAGCGAAGAGAUGAUAUUUCCAUUCGGGGUCAUCUUUUAUCUUAAACUUGUAUGUAUUAAAUAACUUAUUUAUUCUCCCAAUGUUAUCAGAAUUCAUCACUAGUAUUUGUACUUUGUAGAAAUGUGAGUUUCUACAAAACCUUUAGCCCCUUGUGUUUUUACAUUUGUGAAUAAAAGCUAACUCUUGUCACCUA